GGGUCCAGACUCUAGAGGAGUCCCGGUCCGGAGCCAUCGACCCCACCGGCCUUCUCGCCGUGCACCAUCUCCUCGGUGGCUCCUCCCCUCUCCGCCAUGGCGGCCGUGGCGCCUCCUCCCGACAACCUCGACCCGCCGCCGUCCACUCCCCCCUCCACGGCUCCCGCCGCGGCGCUUACCCCGCCCCCCACCGCCACCUCCACCCCGCCAAACCCCGCAACACCCAGCCCCACGGCGCCAAGCCCCAACCCUAACGCGCUCCCCGCCCCCGUCUCCACACCUCCGGCGGUCGCGCCGCCGAUGCCCCCCGCGCCGAUAUCCGUCACCACCAGCUUCCGCCCACUCGGCGCCCCGCCACCGCCGCCGCCGCACCAGGUGCCGCAGUACGGCGCGGUGCCGCCGAACCCGGGCUACCCCAUGGCGCAGCCGAUGCAGCCGCCAGGCGUCCCCGGCGUUAUGCCUCUUGGCGCUGUGCGGCCUCCGGCCAUGUACGCGCCGCCGCCCCAUCCGGGCGCCUACCUGCCGCGGCCCGGCGCUACGGUCCCCCAUCCCGGACUGCCUCGUUAUCCCGCACCAUAUCCUAUGGUUCGUCCAGGCUAUUAUCCACGUCCAAUGCCUCUGCCUGGUGUUGUGCCAAUUCAACGACCACCAAUAAUUCCUGGAAUCCGUGGUGUUCCUCCUGUGGUAGCUCCAGCUGCCAGACCACCUGCUUCAGCUGUUACACCAGCUGAUAAACCACCAAUUGCUGUUUACGUUGGGAAGAUUGCUCCAACAGUAGACAAUGAUUUCCUUCUUUCACUUCUUCGGCUUUGUGGACCUAUCAAGAGUUGGAAGCGUGCCCAAGAUCCAAGUAAUGGAAAACCUAAAGGUUUUGGCUUUUGUGAAUUUGAAUCUGCUGAAGGCAUCCUUCGUGCGGCACGGCUUCUUAACAAAUUGAGCAUUGAUGGGCAGGAACUGGUGAUUAAUAUUAAUGAUGCCACCAAGGAGUACCUGAAGAAACAUGUUGAAGAAAAGAAGAAAGCACAAGAGAAGGCCAAAGAAACAGAAGAUGGAGGUGGGGAAGGAACUGUUGCUGUUGCUGAUGCUGAAAAUGAAUCAUCAAAACCUGUUUCUGAUGAAUCAGAUAAGGAUAAGGGAGAUGCUGGAGAAAAGGACAGUGAAGAGAACACUAAGAGAUUUGGGAUUGUUACCGAUGAAGACUCCGAGGCUGAUAAGGAUGCUGCAGAAAAACUAAGAAGUAUGAUUGAAGAGUGGUUAAAGACUAGACCGCCGCCCCCACCUCCACCAGUUCAACCAUCUGCUGAUAGCUCUGGUGUAAACUUGACAAAAACUGAUUCUGUUGAUAAGAAUGAUGCUGACACCGAUAAAAGGGCAGUUAAUGAAACUGAAAAAUCAGAAACUGGCUCUCCUGAUAGGAGGAAGGAUAGAGAGCGUGAUAAGGACAAACGGGACAAAGAGCUCGAAAGAUUUGAACGUGAACGUGAGCGUGAAAGAGUCAGGAGGGAUAGAGAGAAGGAUCAGAAGCAUAGAGAAGUAGAAAGGUUUUACAGGGAUCGUCUUAAAGAGUGGGAAUCUAGGGAGAGAGAGAAAGAAUAUCAAAGACAACAUGAGAAGGAUCGAGAAAAGGAAAAAGAACGUGAACGCAGAAGGGAGAUCAUGAAGCAGGAAGAUGAAAGUGACGAAGAGGAUAAUAGGAAAAGAAAACGAAGGAGUAGUAGCACACUUGAGGAGAGGAAAAGGAGGAGGCAACGUGAAAAAGAGGAAGACUUGGCAGAUAAAGUAAGAGAGGAAAAGGAAAUUGCGGAAGCAAGGAGGCAAGCUGUAGAGUUGCAACGGCAGGCAGAUGAAGCAGCAGCUGCUGCGGCGGUGGCAGCAGCCGCCUCCGCCGCAGAAUCUGCUACGCUUAUGGAGGUUGAUGGUGAUGAUGAAACGGAAGAAAAUGCACAGGGAAAGCCAAUUGUUUUGGAAGUUGAUAACAUUGCGAGUUUUGCUAAUGGUGCUGGUGCUGGUGAUGGAAUUCAUAAGGACAAUAAUGCUGAUGAAACAAGCAUGACACCUGGUCAUAUUUCAGAUACCAAGCAAAAUAGCAAUGCUCCAACAAAGAAACUGGGUUUUGGUCUGAUUGGCUCCGGCAAACGGACUUCUGUUCCAUCAGUUUUUGCUGAAGAGGAUGACGAGAAUAAUGAUGAUAAACGGAUAAGACCUUUGGUACCUAUCGAUUACUCCACUGAGGAGUUACAAGCUGUGCCGGCAAACUCUUCUACUGGGCCAAACAUCGUAGCAGCUGCUGAGUUUGCCAAGCGCAUCUCAGUUUCAAAUUCAAAGGAAGAGAAGACUGAAAUCGAGAGGGAUAGGAGUAGGAGAUCCAGUGAUAGAUCGAUUCAAAGAGAUGAUGAGGAUGUGGCUCGUGUUAAUGAUGAACGAAGCGAAAAGAUGAAUGAUCGAGAGAAAGAUAAGCCCAAGUCAAAGAACAAGAAGAUCCUAGAUGCAAAACAAUUAAUCGACAUGAUUCCCAAGACGAAGGAAGAGCUUUUUGCCUUUGAUAUUAACUGGGCGAUAUAUGACAAGCAUGAAUUGCAUGAGAGAAUGAGGCCUUGGAUUUCAAGAAAGAUUAUCGAAUUUCUUGGUGAGGAGGAAUCAACUUUGGUGGAUUAUAUUGUAUCUUGCACCAAAGAUCAUGUCCAGGCAGAAAAAAUGCUGGAGCUCCUACAGUCUAUUUUGGAUGUUGAGGCUGAAAUGUUUGUCCUUAAGAUGUGGAGGAUGCUUAUAUUUGAAAUUAAGAAAGUGGAAUCAGGACUAUCAGGAAGAACGAGGGCGUGAGGUUCAGCCUAUCAUCCUGUAUAACUUUUCCGAUUUACUUCUCAUCAACUGUUUUCUCACUUGUAAGCUCAUACUGUACUAAUAACAUCAAAAACCAUUUUAGUGGGAUUGAAUUGAUGAUUUCCAUUUCUUCC